AAGUAGUUAACUCAUAUUUCAAGGGACCACUGAAGGGUAAGUGGCCCGUUAACACUUCUCCAUAUGUUGUGAUAGGCAUAUGUAGGACCCUUGGAUCUUGAAAGAUGUGUGGUGGGGGAUGUUGAUCAUUGUAGCAGUGGAGAUAUGGCCACAAGUUUUGCAUCUGUUGUUCUGGCAGGGUCUGGUGCUGUUUUGAGUUUGUGUGUCCUGGCCUGUGGGGGAGCUUGCUUGGUGAGGUUCUGGUCUUCUUUGAAGGCCAGAAGAGUGGGUUCAGAAAAGAUUUAUUUCAGGAUGGGGUCCCCUUUGAGUAUGGAUUGUAACUGUUUGAUGAUACCCUUAUGGGUUUCAAUAUGGGGUAGCAGGUGAAAAGUAGAGGAGUGAGGUUGAAGGUUUUAUUUCUUUCUUGAAUCAGAUUCUCUCAGGGUAUUCAUGGAACAAUCAAUUACACACAUACAAAAUGGGAAAUGACUGCCUAGGAAGGAGUACUGUGGAAAGGGAUCUGGGGGUCAUAGUAGAUCACAAGUUAAAUAUGAGUCAACAGUGUAACAUUUUGUUGCCAAAAAAAACAAACAAAAAACAAAAACAAAAAAACCCCAUCAUCCUCCUGGAAUGUAUUAGCAGGAGUGUUGUUAGCAAGACACAAGAAAUAAUUCUUCUCCUCUAUUCGUCCCUAAUAUGGCCUCAGCUGGAGUACUGUGUCCAGUUUUGGGCACCACAUUUUAGGAAAGAUGCGGACAAAUUAGAAAAAGUCCAGAGGAGAGCAACAAAAAUGAUUAAAGGUCUAGAAAACAUGACCUAUGAGAAAAGAUUGAAAAAAAUUGGGUUUGUUUAUUCUGGAGAAGAAAAGAGUGAGGGAGCACAUGAUAACAAUUUUCAAGUACAUACAAGGUUGUUACAAGGAGGGAGAAAAAUUCUCAUUAACCUCUGAUAAUAGAGCAAUCUUACUUCUGCCCCUUAUAGCUAUGUCCAGAGCAGAUCAGAAAUCCACACUAAUUGUCCAUCUACAACAAAGUCUGGUUUUAUUCAGUGACUACAAAAACUAGAAUGGGUCAAUGUUAUUUGAAUAGUGGUAUUGCGGCUUUGCAAUCUUCUUUACACAGAAAGGGUUGCAGAAACACGUCCCAGAGUUUGCAGCAUCCAUUAUGAUGUGCACGUGGUGUCUUGUGAAUGUUUUAUAAUGUUACUAGAGCUCCAAUUUUAUAGCUUAAAGUCCUGGAGACCUCUGAAGGCUUCACUCUGAUAAGAUGUCAGUGGUGCAAUCCUGGAACCAUUGAAGUCAAUAGGAAUUUGGCAAUUGGCUUCACCAGAGCCAGCGUUUCACCUGGAGUAUUUUCCCAUACCCCCUCAAAUUCAUGCUAUAAAUAUAAUAGUCCCGAUUCUUCACUAUGUCUGAUUCAGAGCUGCCUGGCCUUGGUGCAAGUUAGAGCAGGAGAGAAAUCCUGCUCUAACUCAUGCCACUGGCACUGCUGGCAUAGGGGUCCUUCAACCAGCAGAGGAUUGGUGAAGUGGACCUCAGCUCCGUCACCUGCUCAACAUGUCUCCUCCUCCCCCUCACAUCUAGGUAGGGAGAAUUCGCUGCUGGUAAUCUUUGGCUGGUAUAAUGGCCUCAGUGGAACAAAGAACCUGCCCCGUCACUUCUUAACAAUACAAUCAACUCUUGAAAACAUUGUGUUGGAGAUAACAAAUGAGAUUUUCAUUUUCAGAGCAGCAGAGCACAUUAUAUUAAUUUAAUAAAGCUGGGCAAGGCCCAGACAAAUCAAUCAAUGGACCAUCUUCAUACAAAAACUCAAUGAAAUGUCUGUAAAGAGACAAGUCUCACCGUUUAAAUAAUACCAUCAUAUCUCAUGCCCAUCAGGCACAAGGCCCUGUGAACCAAUAGGUGCCUGAGCCAGUGGAAAUCUUCCUUUCCCGACUGCCCCACUGUGCGCUGCUAACCAGGCAGUGGUUCAUGGAGUCUAUAAAUCAACAAAGACUUAAAAUGGUCUGAGUGGUUCUCUCCACCCAAAUGAUAGAGAGCUCUAGAGUUCUGAGAUCAGUUGUGAGGGGAGCAAUUGAGCCAGUUGCUAGAGGUAGAUAGGGGUCUGUGGGUGUAAGAGAGAGAGAGAGAGAGUAGCAAGGCCUCCUGCAGCAUUUUUGGACUUGCAAACAAAUAAUUCAGCAUUUACUAUCCCCCAGGUAUUUUCCAUUAAAUUUCCUCUUCUUUUCAAGAUAUGAUGUUUUUUUGCAAUGAUGCAAACAGGCAUUGUGUGUGUGUGUGUGUGUGUGUGUGUGUGUGUGUGUGUGUGUGUGUGUGUAAAAGGAAUUUUUAGGGAUAUGGCGAUUGUAUACAUUGCAAGUUAGAAAUAAAUGUCAUGAGAUUGUCAUAUGCUUUUUGAACUCUUGGAGCAGAUGUUUAAACACAAUCAAUAAAUAAUAGCAUACCCCACAAAGUACAGUGAAGUGAACUUCCUACUUUAUUCACAAAAAAAUGUGUUGAUCAUUUUCUGAUUUAUUUGACCAGCUCUUAAGACAGGACAAAAAGCCAGUGGGUUUGGUGUUGUGACAAACCCAGAUUCCCAAAGGUAGCUAGGUGCCUAAACUCCCAAGUGCAUCCUACCUUCCCUUCCCUACUCCGCUUGCCCAUUAUCUCCUCUCAGAUAUUGCUCUCCUAAUACCCUGCGUGCUCUCCCAAUUAUUUUUUUCAGUGUACCCACUGCAAACCAUGUACCACUAGCUUUGGGGCAGGGGAGGGUUGAAUGCAUGUGCAAAAGAGGAAUGGAAAGAGCAAGCUAUUAAAUGGUCUCAAAGCAACUGGGACUGCAUUAAACAAUUAUGGACUAGAUUUUCAGCUGGCAUCAAUUGGUGUAACUCAGUUUAAGUCAAUGAACUAUGCUGAUUUACAUCUGUUCGGGAUCUGACCCUAUAACUAUGGAUAGAGAUGUAUUUAGAGUAUAACCCCAUUUACCCAAUCUCGGUUUAACUGAAAUUCCUGUUUUAACAUUCAGCAUGCUUUGCUUAUCCAAACCCUAUUCUUUCCAAAGGCCUUGGAUAUUUCCAGUGGAAACAGGUGGUAUAGACCAUCAAUUUUAUUUUUUAAAUAUUGGUCAUUUUAGUGAUGUUAAAAAUUCUGUGUGCAGGGGUGGCUUUUAACUACAAAAUGUGGGGGUAGGGUCAGAAAAUCUUGCAGUACUGUGGUUGAUACUUCUUAAGAGAAAUGUCUGCAACACUUAGCAAAAACCUCACAGCUUAUUUCCUGUUUCUAACACCUCACUAGCCCUUCUUUUAUAAAACUGCAAAACUUUUUAGAAACUUCCUAUGUACAAUGUAGCGCUCUAUCAAUAGCAGCUCUGGGCUGAAAAAAUACAUCCCCUAAGAGCAGCAUUUGCAUGACAUGGGACAUCUAGUGGCUUUGAAGCAGUAGGUUUUGAGAAGUUUGCUCAGACCACAUGGCCUGAGAAGUGAUGGGUACAAUGAGAGAAGCAGAGCAACUGUAGGCAGGUUUACUCAGCAGAACUUAACAUCUAGGGUUUUAUUACUUUUACAUUUAAUUUUCUAUUAGCAAUAGAAAAAUGAGGCAGAAUCCUGAAACCCUAUGAAUGUUUAAUGUCUUAAUAACUUUAAAGUGUGAUUCAACAUUACUAAUCCUUCAGAAAUCUAAAGAAGAUUAAUCAUCAGCCCUCUACUUCAAACCAUCUAAUUAAGAAUAAUAUUUGCAUUUGUAUAGCACCUUUCAUCCCAAAGAGCUUUGCAAACUGUGGGCCCCAUUCUCCAAAUGCUUGCAUACAUAAGCAGUCCCUAGGUGGUAGCUCUGCUGAAAUCAAUGGGAUUACUCUUGUGAGUAAGGCCUGCUUCUGUGAAUAAGGGUAUAUAUGGGAUUACUCUUGCGAGUAAGGCCUGCUUCUGUGAAUAAGAGUGUGUGUAUGUAUGUGUGUUUGUAUAUAUAUCACCACUGAAAUGCAGCUAUCUCUUGUGUGGAGGGCAGCAGUUACCAGGUACACAGCACACUACACAACUAUGGAUGGAGGUGUAUUUUUAGCCAAAAACACCACUGCAAUCCUUAACCUUAAAUGCCAGGAGAUCUUUAAAUCCAUGCAAAUCACAGCCCACAGGAUCCCAGGUUUUAAAGUCAUGUCCAAAAGACUUCACACACUGCAUGGAAUGCAAUUUAUCUCAGAAACAAGAAGGGCUGAGUCAAUAUGGUUUCAUUAUAAACAAACAAGCAGAUAUUAAACAUAAAAGGCAAAAUUAUUUCCAUUUAGAUGAAAAGGAGCUUGCGGUAGUCUUUAUUCCCUAACAUAGCAAACUGCUUUUGGGGGAAAUGCUUUUACACUCAGACCACCAGGUUAACCAUAUCUGGCUUCAGCAUCACCCAGUGGAAUGCACUGAAGUUAUAUGGUCAGCUCAGGCAUAUUUCUAACAGUAUUUCUCAAGUGUUUGGGAAAUCACUGAAUAAAUUUGUUCAGUACCAUGGUUUUAUUGGAGAUGGGUCACAGCUGUGACUGAUUACAAGCAGAUGUGCAUUAAGGAGAAACCUUUCCAGCUGUGGAGAGAAAAGGCACUCACUCACCCCAUGCAUGUGCCACAAAUAAUUUAAAUUAAAAGUUAUUAACCUUUAAUUUGAAAAGAUUAUCUUUUGAGUGUACAGCCAGAUAAAAUAGGUACAAUCUGUAAUAACAAUUCUGAUGUAAGGUAGAGGGGGGAAAAAACUAAGAAACAAAGCUAUGGUGUAAGAAAAGCACAUAAAAAAUUCCUUCCUCUCCUUGUAUAUUGCUUUUCUCCAGUCAAAAACUUCAAAUUACAGCACAAUCCAAGGCAAAAUAAGGUCUUUCUAUUAGCGUUAAGGGCCAGGAUGAGCUAAACUGACUAUAAAAAAAGACUAUAUUGGUCUUUAAUUGUAUAUAGCCUCUGAGAGCACAGAUGUAGCUCAAACAAUGUGUCUGAGAUUGAAGCCUCAUCUCUUCCAGAUUUCUUGAACUCCACUUCCCCUGCCAUCUUCCAACUCAAUCCAAGACACAUGGUCUCCCUCUAUUCUCUUUUUUUCUCUUGGAUUUAUCCAAUUGAUAGCUCCCCGGAAGACAGAUAGUUUCCAUCCAGGUACUAACAAUGAGAAAUCUAUACUGUUGUCAGUAUAGACUCAACACCUGUCAGGAUCAUACCUGUGGAAGCUUCCCUCCAUUCCAGUUUUGCCCUGUCAGUUGAUUCCAUGAGUUUACAUGACUUCCCUCUGCAAUGGCAUACUGUGCCUGCUUUUAAAACAAACAUUGAAAAAUAUUAAAGGGACCGAUCCUGCCACCCUUACUCCUGUUGAACCCUGUUUUGCUGUGCGAGUGUCCCGCUGAAUGAGUCUAGCUCUAGCAGGAAUAAUUGGAGGAGGAGGCAGAUUCGGGUCCUGUCUCAAAGUGAUUGUGCCUAGUCAAUAUAACUCUGUUCUUUCGACUUCUAACUUCGCUUUCUCCAGACUAAAUGAUGCGUUGUAUUUUCUUCUAGCCCUCCAUAAUCAGGAAGGAAGUUUUCCUUACACAGGUUAAAUGACCUGGUUCCAGAGAUCAUGUGCUAAGUUUAGACAUGCAUUUAAAAGGAGGGUGUUGCAAGAUAAAUACUGUAAUUAGAGAAACGAAGUCUAUUUCGAAGCCUAAUUUAGCAAACAAAGCAGUUGCACCUACUGCUCAAAAACUUUAAUUUCGAUCAUAUCUGCACAUACCGAUCUAUAUCCGAUCAUGUAACUUUGCUAAACGUUUAAAGUAGCUAGACAGAUGGGUAGCCGUCUCAGUGAUUAUAACUACCUGCAUUUCAGGGUACUGGCGGAUUGGCAGGGAGGCUGUAGAAAUGUACCAUUCCCAGCGCUACGAGAUGAUUUUAAUCAAAGCUGAAGUAGAACAACUUCAGUUCUAAGUAGUAACAGGCUGUUGGCAAACUGCCUCUGCGAGCUAUACAGCAGGAGGUCCCCAGGGGAUUAGGUGGUAAAGUGUGCAGAGAAGGUAUUCCUCUUCGAUCCCAUUCAGCAUCGAUAACUUUUCACUGUACGGUUCCACAGGUGGUUUCUAGGCCAAUCCACUUCCAUAGGACCCUGCUGCAGCAGCUGUGUGUCUGCAAACACCCAAAGAUCUAGCAUGCAUUUACUAGCGAGAGGAAAUUACCUUGCUUGCGAAGCAGUAAUGUUCGCUGGGAACUGAGCGUGGCGCACGCAAAACAACCUCACUGUCAAUGCACAAGUGAGGAGGGAGGGUGAAUGCAGAGAGUUGUGCGAAAUUCCCCUCGGUCGCAGCAGAAUCGAAACCUUCACUGCAAAAGGGCCGAAGUGUCAACAGUGAAACCAAAGCGCCAGGGAAGGCGCGUCUGCCUCUGUCAGCAAAAGCGCCUGGAGCCAGGGAUCAACCUGCGGGCUGUGUUCCCAGGGAGCGCCCUGCUUUGAGAGGCAGAUGCGACCGGGGCAAGCAGCGAUCCGGGCUGCCAGGAGCGCCGGGGCUGGGGCGUAAGGAGAGGGAGACGUUUGCGGGCUGCAGCGGAUCAAAGUGGAGGCUCCCCGGUCAACUAGGGGAGAGACCGCGACUGGGGCUGCGAAAACCACUCUAGGGGACAGACCAGCAGGAGCACCGGCAACACUGUCAGCCGUGUGUGUGUGUGUGUGUGUGUGUGUGUCCUGCUAGCAGCCCAUUGGCUGGGGGCUGCCUGAUGUCACGGCUGGGUGUUCCUAUAAGCUCUUCAACACAUAACGGGCUCAGGACACUUGUAGACAGGACUCCUGUCAGGGCAGGAGCUGCCCAGGCUGCCGCUGCAGAAGGGAAGGGAGGAGGCUAAGAGGGGAACAAACAAAUGCAAAUUCCUAGCCCCCAAACAAUCUGUCAACAAGUCUAACUGCAAGAGGCCCCCAGCCCGGCCAAGCCACCGCCGGCAUUUCUCGGGGGGCUGCCAAGCUUGGAUCUCCUACAGCGCGCGUGUGACUGCUCCAGGGCACCGAGCGCGGGAGACAGCUGGCGUGGAAAGCGCGCGAGCGGAGCGCCGGCCCUGCGCAGUGGGCAUCGGACCGUCCCAGACUUGCCUGCGAAGAGCCCCAGCGCUGUGCAGCGGGGGGUCGGACCCGGGGCUGCCCGAGGCUUGCAUGUCAGCAGGGAGCAGAGCGCAGAACGUGCGCUGCUGCGGGUAGGAAGCCAUGGGAUCGGUGAGUCCCACCAGCCCUGUGCUUGCUACGGGCAAUGUGAGCAGCAGCGAGGAGCCGAGCAGUUCCAGCCUGUCGGAAGACGUCUGGAUGGUGGGCAUGGGCAUCCUGAUGUCUGUGAUCGUGCUGGUCAUCGUCUUUGGCAACGUCCUGGUGAUCACCGCCAUCGCCAAGUUCCAGCGGCUGCAGACCGUCACCAACUACUUCAUCACUUCCCUGGCGUGCGCCGACCUGGUGAUGGGGCUGACCGUGGUCCCCUUCGGAGCCAGCCACAUCAUGCUGAAGCAGUGGAAGUUUGGGAACUUCUGGUGCGAGUUCUGGACCUCCUUGGACGUGCUGUGCGUCACGGCCAGCAUCGAGACCCUCUGCGUCAUUGCCGUGGACAGGUAUUUCGCCAUCACCUCCCCCUUCAAGUAUCAGAGCCUGCUGACCAAAAGCAAAGCCAGGAUUGUCAUCCUCGUGGUCUGGGUGGUGUCUGUUUUGACCUCCUUCUUGCCUAUCCAGAUGCACUGGUACAGAGCAGAUGGCCCGGACGCCAAACGCUGUUACAAAAACGACACUUGCUGUGACUUCUUCACCAACCAGGCCUAUGCCAUCACUUCUUCCAUCAUCUCCUUCUACUUGCCUUUGGUGAUCAUGGUCUUCGUCUAUGCCAGGGUCUUCCAGGUAGCUAAGAAGCAGCUGAAGAAGAUAGACAAAUGUGAAAGGAGGUUUCAUAACCAGAACAACAACCAGCAGGAGCAGAACGGGAGAGCAAGUCACAGGAGGACCUCCAAAUUUUGCUUGAAGGAGCACAAAGCCCUGAAAACCUUGGGGAUCAUCAUGGGCACCUUCACUUUGUGCUGGCUGCCCUUCUUCAUAAUCAACAUCGUGCACGUGAUACAGGACAAGAUUAUCCCCACUAACCUGUACAUCCUCCUGAACUGGUUGGGAUAUGUCAACUCCGGCUUCAACCCCCUUAUUUACUGCAGAAGCCCGGACUUCAGGUAUGCUUUCCAGGAGCUCCUGUGCCUCCGGCGAUCUGCCCUGAAGAUGCACGCCAAUGGAUUUUCCAACAGCAACGGGAAAAGUGACUUCAACGAGGAGGACGAUGGAUAUCAGUUGGGACAAGACAAAACGUGUGAAUUGCUGUGUGAAGGAGCGGGGGCACCUGCCAGUGAGGACUUAUUGCACUGUAAAGAGAUCCCUGGGUGUCCUGGAAUGGUUGAAAGUUGAAUGGGCUGAAGUGUCUUCCUCACCACGCUGAGCUCACAAGGGCUCUGGAGAGAGAAAGCAGGAGCACAGCCGUGCUUCUCUGAGACUGGUGAAACCGUGGGAAACUACUGCUUUGGCAACUGCCUUCAUCUCAGCCCAUCACCAAUAGUGAGUCACCCGAAGGAGAAGCUGAUGAAGGAGUGGCAGCGAACCAGGCAAGGAUCCAUCAGUCCAUCAAGCCUCUCGGGGGAUAAAAGAGCCACAUCCCAGGAACCAGCCAUGUGAAAUCGGAUCCACUCUGGGAAGGUGACAGCACAGCCCAACAACACAGCACGGAAUGAGCUGAGUUUCCACACAGGAGGAAAAAGACAUCCAGGGGUUUCCCUGUCAUGUCAACUUCGGAAAGCAUUGUUUCAAAAGGCAAGAAAGCUCUAAGGCUGCCCUGUCCUCUCCAUUGGCCAAUUCCUGGAAAAGAAGCCAAGCUCACUCACUCCUGGCCUGGCCAAGGGAUUGCUAGGAACAUGGCCAUGGCUUUUUUGUCCACAUGCUGGCAGUGGGGUUCAGAUGAAACAGGAAUCUUUUAAAGACUAGAAAGACAAGGAAUGCUGAAGUUUGCUUUUAUUUAUUCUGUGUUAGCUUCUACCCAUGGCAUCUUCUCUGUCUCUUCCUCUGUAUAGACAAAUAAAUACCCAGUACACCCCUCAGUCCUACUCAGAUAGAAGAGGAACAUUACCAUGGGCCAAAUCUGAGGUCUUUACUCAGACAACAGUCCCACAGACCCCCAAGGCGCUGCCUUCAAUGACUAUAAGGUGCUAGGAUUUGACCCCAUGUUUUGGCACUGAGCAGGGGUCGGAAGAGAUCUGCUUCACCUUUCACUUUCCAGCCCUGACAGUCAAACAGCACCAGCCACACCCUUGGAGCCCAGUUUUCGGACCUGAGCCCCAAAUGCCAUACAAGGCUCAAAUCCCUCAUUCGGGUAUUGAAAUCAGUGCACAGGCAAGUCAAUCCUUGUUGAAAACUCCCUGGGUUAUUAAAUAUACAAGAGGGUUCAAAAUGAAAAAGCCCUGGUUUGGUUAUUAAGGGCUUGAUCCGGUGAGGUUCAGAGGAUGCCUAGCUCAACCCCCACUGGCACCCAGGGGAGUUUGGUGACCAGCACCUCCCAGGAGCUCAGCAUCUCAAAAGAUCAGGAGGCCCUUCAUCUCUUGACCCAUGUUGCAAAGAAAGAGACAGAGAGCUUGAGGUCCACGCAGCGAACCAUUGGAAAGACAAAUUCAGACUGUAGGAAAGCUGUGAUGUUCUUGCAAUUUCUGAUGGCAGAAGAAUAGUCUUGUAUGCCAAGCACCCGGCUCAGCUGAGUGAGUCCAGGAUUCCGCUUAGCAGCCCUCUGAGUUCUAAGCACCAGCAGCGGUAACGGAAAUUCUGAGCUUUGCACGCAGCCCCAUUUUGACAUGAACUGUGCAGACAGGCCGGGCUUCCACCUGGAAAACCUGUAACACAAAAACGAGACUGUGGAGAGUUGUAGAGCAGCUUCCUAACCCGUGUCUGCAAGUGGGAACCACUGACAACUCUUGUAAUGACAUAAGCAGGCCUUCAGCUCUAGCAAAAUAAAAGCAAGCCAUUUCACUGGGGUUGCCUGACGUUUAGAAAAAAAGAGGCUGCAGUCUGACCUUAUUUAUCUGCGGUGCAGGAUGUGAAGGGUACAGAGUGU